AGAGAAGCAAUAACCAGAGUGAACUGAAGAGCAGCAUCAUGAUUACUUUCUUCUGUUUCACCUUCAGUGUUUUUCUCUUCUCAGGUUCGUCCCUCAGCCAAAUAGUCGAGCAGACGCCGACGCACAUGUUCAGCAAACCGGGAGAAAAACCCCAAAUCAACUGUAAACAUGAAAUCAAGGACUACAACCGAAUGCUCUGGUACAAACAGUUAAAGAACAGACAGAUGCAGUUCCUCGGAUACAUGAAUGUUAAAGACGGCUAUCCUGAAGAUGGAGUUCAUGUGAAGAUUGAAGGGAGCGCACUGGAACGCCAGAACUGCACGUUAACAAUAGAAGCAGUGGAGCUGAGCAGUAGUGCGGUGUAUUUCUGUGCUGCUAGUCUCCACAUGCCUCCAACCAUCGAGCUCCAGCGCCUCACCACCCAGCCUCUCAUUCAAGCCUCACCAGCCUUCACCAGCCUCACUUCAAUAAAUACCCCUUACCCACCACCCUCAGAGAAACGACGGCCAGCGCCGCUGACCUUAUUGGGUUUGAAAUGGGAAAAGUACCCCAAGGUACGAGGUCAAUUUGUCAAACAAUUCAUGCUUCAUGCUUCAUAUCUGAAGGUCACGCAGAGCGACAAACUGACGUACAGCGUGUUCAUCGUGAAGAGCUGUUUCUACGGAGCGUUUGUAGCUUUUCUGCUGCUCAAGUUUCAGGGGGCGAAGCAGAAGAACUGAGAGCAGAGCCGACGCCUCACAAGAGGAUUCUGGGAAAUCUGCUCAGUGUUCAUGUCUGUGUAUGAAGUUAGCAAACCUUUAAUCUUCAAGCUACUUUUAAAA